UAUAUGCCAAAUCCACCGCUGGUCACUGAGUUUGCGGUUUCAUUGGAAGGUGGUGUGGCGUGUGCUAGUCAUAAAGAGACGUUCAUCGGCAUAAAACAUCAAAUAGCAUGGAGAUAGAUUUGAUGUCAGAGAAAUCAAAUGACCGUCACAGAGAUACACGGGGGACGUGAAAGGAACACAAAGAGACAAUAUGGAGGCCAGAAGUAGCACAGCAUGAGAGAUCUGUGCAAAUGGUGAUUUGAAGAUAAGGUGCACAUAAUUUGGCUAUAUAGCGAUACCGAAUUCCUAACAAACAUUCCUUUACCAAGUCUAUUGUCUUCUACUGGUACACCGGUUUCUCACACGGCAUCUGGACCAUUGUUUUAAUACUGACCACUAAUUUGAUCUCUUGCAGUUGUAUCGUAAAUAGCUGGGAACUGAAUACUGUGGAUCAGUUGGCAGACUAAACAAAUGAGUACGUUUAUAACCAUGAGGCUGAGGCUUGUACGGCGUUUAUGCUUUAUUAUGAUAUGUACCGUUGUGGCACUUUAUGUUGUAAUGCAGUAUUAUGCUGAACCAAAGGAAAGGAAUUUAAUCAAUCUACAGCGUAUAGUCAAAGAUUUUCAUGAAAUACCACAGAAUCCACUGUCGAUGCAUUGGCUUACAGAUCCGUUAAUGCUUAAUAAACGACCGGUGGAGAAUAUGAAACCUGAUCCAUCAUUGUUGGUGAGAAAAGAACAGGCCACAAAGUCGAAAUUAAUACUGAAUAAUAAGAAUAAUAAUAAUGAUAAUGACAGCAGGGAUAAUGUUGUUAGUACAAGGGGGGGACAAGUGAAAUUACAGACAUUUCAAGCUCCAACUUGUCAAAGAUAUGACAAGUUUACUGUGUGUAAUACAACAUUUCAGAUGGGUGAAGUUUAUAAUCAAUUAGCCUUUGAUAAUAAGCCUGGCGGUGCUUGGACUCAAGGAUUUCCAAUUUCUUACAAUAUGGAUCACUGGAAGGAUAGACCAUUAGAAGUAUUCAUUGUACCAUUCUCACACCAAGAUCCAGGAUGGCGUAAAACACUUGAAGACUACUUUUACACUGAAACAAAACCAAAUCUUGAUGCUACACUAGAAAUAUUAAGUGAGCAUAAAGAGGCAAGAUUUGUAUACUCAGAGAUAUCCUUUUUAAAUUUAUGGUUAACCACCUUAUCAGAAGAACAAAAACGAAAAUUUCAAAGGUUAUUAUUCAAUGGACAAUGGGAAAUUUCAUCCGGUGGAUGGGUUAUGCCCGAUGAAGCAGUUACAAAUUAUUACUCAAUUAUUGAUCAAUUUAUAGAAGGACAUCAUUGGCUACUAGAACAUUUUGACUAUCGGCCAAAUACAACCUGGUCUAUUGAUCCAUUUGGACAAAGUUCAACUAUGGCAUAUUUAGCUAAAAAAUUCGGUUUCUCUCAUAUGAUUAUUAAUCGUGUACAUUAUGAAGUGAAAAAGCAUUUAGCUCUGCAAAAAGCCUUAGAAUUUUAUUGGUAUCAAUUAUGGGAUUCAACUAAAUCUCAUGGUAUGCUUGCACAUAUGUUUCCAUUCUUUUCCUAUGAUAUUCCGCAUACAUGUGGUCCAGAGCCUGCAAUAUGUUGUCAGUUUGAUUUUCUACGUAUGGAAAAGUAUAACUGUCCAUGGCAUAUUUCACCAGUUCGUAUAAAUAGUGAAAAUGUUGCUGCUCGAGCUGAAAUAUUAGCUGAUCAGUAUAGAAAAAAGGCCACAUUAUACAAUAACAAUGGACUGGUAUUAAUUCCACUGGGUGAUGAUUUUCGUUAUAUAUCAAAGCAUGAAUGGAAUUUACAAUUAGAAAAUUAUAAUAAAUUAAUUGAGCAUAUUAACUCUAAUUCAAAUUAUAGAAUGAAGAUACGGUUUGCAACAAUAUCAGAUUAUUUUACAGUGUUAAGUCAACGAGUGAAUGAAGCUCACUCCACAUUGCCAACAUUCUUUCCAUCAUUGUCAGGUGAUUUUUUCACCUAUGCUGAUAGACAACAUGACUAUUGGAGUGGAUAUUACAAUUCUCGUCCAUAUCAAAAGGCUUUAUCACGUUUAUUAGAAUCUGAAUUAAGAACUGCCGAAAUUCUAUAUACUUAUGCAAGACAAAGUGUUGGUCGUAAACAGAAUACUGUUCAAUUAUUACCAUUGAUAUCCAGUCUAUACGAGAAUUUAACAACAGUUCGACGUAAUCUGGGCUUAUUUCAACAUCAUGAUGCAAUAACUGGUACUGCAAAACCUGAAGUAGUACUGGAUUAUUCAAAUAAAUUAUUGAAAGCUGUUGGUGCAGUAAGAAAAGUGAUAACUCUGUCCAGUGUUUACUUAUUAUCCUUAUCAUCGAAAUUGUUUAAUGAAGAAAUAAUGUCUAAUCGUCUACCGAUAUCAAGUGAAUUAAAACAACGUUUAUUCCAGUUAAAUGAUGAAUAUGAAAGAUAUAAUGAAAAUGACUAUAACAGUUAUAACAGUAUGCCUAGUUUUCAUUCUCUUGAAGAUCAUUUACAUACUCAUGAAUUUCCACAACCAAUUUUAAUCAAUUUCUUAUUAACUAAUCCUGCAACUGAACACUCACGUCGUAUAUACCUUUUCAAUCCAUCAACUCGUAAUCGUACUACAAUCAUCACUUUACAUGUCAAUGGUCAUUAUAAAAAUUUUCAAGCAAAACAAAUCUAUUCAAAUCCCUUGGAAUCAUCAAGUAAUGAUCAACAAUUGACAAUACAAUUACAGCAUACAGUAAUAAAAUAUCCAUCUAAACAGCAUCAACAGCAACAACAACAAUCUAUAAGUUUGUUAUAUUUAAGUCCAGUGAAAUUGUUUCCAUUAUCUUUUUCAUGUAUUGAAUUGAAACUGUUAUCUGAACCGACAGUGUUAUUAUCCUCGCUAUCCUCAUCGUCAUCGUCAGGACCUAUUGAACCAGUGAAACCACAAUUAGUACCAGUUAUUGAAAGUGGAAAGUUGCCGACCAUGACAAAUUCUCAGUCUUUGAGCAUAGAAAAUGCCUACAUUCAAUUGGAAUUUGAUCCUAAAACUGGCUACCUGCAAAAAAUGUUCAACAAGUUAACUCAACAGUCUAUGGAUAUUAAAAUCAAUUUUGUACAAUAUAAAACACCGAGUAAUUCUGAGUCGAACAGUGGACCAUAUUUAUUUAUUUCUGAUGGUAUUGCAAAUCCUAUGCCACAACCAAAAUCGUACAGUUAUAUCAAGGGGGAUCUAGUUGACACAGUGACCGUGUAUACAAAAUUUGUUGAGCACACUGUCCGUCUGUAUAAAUCACCUGAUAUACAAUCACAAUUCAUUGAAAUUGAAAAUAUUGUCGAUAUAAGAGUGGAUACACCUACAGAUAUUGAUUUAUUCAUGACAAUAGAAACUAACCUACUGAAUGAAGAUCGUGUCUUCUAUACAGAUUCUAAUUGUUUCCAAUUUAUUGAACGAAAGUAUUAUGAUAAAAUUCCAUUACAAGGCAAUAUCUAUCCGAUAGCUUGUGGUGCAUAUAUCGAACACGCAGAACACCAGGUGAAUAAUGAACAAACAACUAUGAGAAAGAAACGUAUGAACAUAUUUACUAGUCAUUCAACUGGUGUAGUCAGUCCAAAAAUAGGUCAAUUAAAUAUAUGGCUUGAUCGUCGAUCAAGUAGAGAUGAUUCACGUGGUAUUGCAUCAAAUCUACAUGGAGAUUGGAUUGUUCAAUCAAAAUUAUAUUUAUUUACAGAAGAAAUUACAACCUCAUUAGACAACAAUGAAGCAUCGAAACAGACUACUAUACCAAGUUUAACGUUAUUCGCUCAACAAAUAUUGAAUUAUAUAAGUCAACCAGCGCAUAAAUUUCUGGUCAAUGAUCUUAAUUUAAACAAAUUACUCACACUGGAGUAUAACUUAAUACCGCAAUCUGGUUUACAAUGUGAUUAUGAAUUAGUGACAAUGAAGACAUUUCAUAAUAGCAAAAUACCAAAAAGUUUUCAUGCUGCACCAAAUACACAAGUUGGUAUUAUCAUUCGACGUUAUCUACCGUUUUGUUAUGCAACCAAAUUACCGUUAAUUGAUUUCUACACACAAUGUUUCGUUUCUCGUGUAGAAAAUACUUGGAAUGUAAAGGAGUUCUUCAAUUCUCUUCAAGUAUCUCAUGCAAUACAAACCAAUUUAACCUUGAUUCCAUCACCUUCAUCACCCCCAUCACUAUCGGUGAAUAGUAAUGACUAUAGAAUUGCAGAACUUGAUGAGAUUCAUGUAAAGCCUAUGGAAUUAGAAGCUUACUAUCUUGUUUAAAUGAUUCCUGUUUUGUUUUGUUUUAUUGUAUUUUUUGUUCAUUUUUGUUUGUAUCAUUGUUCCUCCUCCCCACCACCUCCUACUACUCUAGUUUAUCUCUUCCCCCCCCCACAUGUUUUAAGAUUUCUCUAUUCAACUUCUUGAAUAACAACAGCAGUGUUGGAGGUAUAUAUAUAUAUCUAUCGCGUGUAUGUGUGCCUGUUUUUGAAGGUUAUCUCAAUGUGUGUUUAGUGUUCUCGUGCUGUUGUUUUUUUGCGGCUUCUUCUUCUUCUGCGGUUUAAUUCCCCGCCUGUGCAUUCAUUCAUUCAUUCCUUCAUUCAUCACUAACUCAAAUGUGUACGCACCUGUUUGCUUACACAUACACCCACGCACGUACGCACACUCCCACGCACAAACAAAGAUGUUUGCACAUUUCUCUGUCUUAUGUGUACAAAUCAAAUAGGUUUUUAUUAUAACUUCUUCUAUCUUGAUCUGCUUAUUUUGCGGUUUUUAUUCACACUGUGAUAAUAUAUAUACAUGUGCAUAUAUAUAUAUAUAUAUAUAUAUAUAUUACUUCUCCCCUCCCUUCUUCUUUCAAAUAAUGACUAUUCUCAGUCAUCAAACUACACGAAAUAAUCUCAUCGAAAGAUAAACAAACACACAAUUACGCACACACACAAACACACAUACACCUACACAGAGAGACACACGCACCUUCUUAUAUAUAUAUAAUCUCACAUGGUGUAUUCUGGAUCAUUUUAUCUUUUAUGAUGACUUAAUGUACACUGAGUGACUGAGUGAGUGAGUGGCUACGUGGAUGAGUGAAUGAACUAAUGUUGUAUGUUGUUACGUAAUAAUACUCAUAAGAAGAAGAAGAAGAAUAAAGCAUAACUAGUCAUUCUAUAGACAA